AUGCCAGCAGAUGGUUUAUGUGCUGAUUCAACAUGUGAUAAAGAAAUAAAACAUCUAUAUGAAUGUCAUUGUUGUUCAAGUCUGAUAUGUUUCCAUCAUUUAAGUGAACAUGUUGAAGCAGCACAACGACACAAAGAACGACUUGUUAGUCUUCGAAAUGAGUUAAAAACAGCUGUUGAUACAUUUAAAGUAAUUAUCGAAGAAAAAUUACUAAAUAUUGAACGUGAAAAGAGCUUAAUUGAACAAGCACAACAAUUCCUUGAUGCAAAAACUGGUUCAAUCGAUGAAGUACAGAUAAUUUGUGAAGAAAUCAAACAAGCGAUUGCAUUUAGUCAAUUAGAUGGAAUUAUUAAAGUUGAACCAGCAUUACAGAAUACAAAAACUUGUUCUUGUAUGUGUAAAUGUCGAAAUCAAAAUGAUGAAUUCUUAUCGAAAACAACUUCACCACCAUCAAAUGGAUCUCUUGUUCAUCUGAAUUCAACAGAUAAAUCAGUGAUUACAACAGACAAUGAAUAUUCAAUGUGUGAUAGUAGUGCCAUUUUUGAUUGUAGUUCACUUGAUCGAACAACAGCUACUAUCGAAGAUAGUGAUGAUGAUAAUGAACAAAAUAAAGUUGAAUCAACGCCAGUUAGUGUCGUACGUGGUUUGUGUCCAUUAACAUUUGAUGGGGCAUUUGGUCUUACAGUUGCUAACCAUUCAAUGCGUUUUUGUACAAACAAAACAAAUCGUCCAAUAGGAUUAUAUGGCCAUUUUAUAGGUAGACAUGAGUUAAAGCCAAUUUAUGCUCGAUAUUUACUAAAAGCUAUUUCAAAUAAUGAAGAUCCAAAAACAACAAAACUCUUUAGUGAAAAUGAACAUGUGAUUAAUCAUUUAUGCAAAAUUCCAUGUCCCUUUAAUAAAAAUAUGGUUCAUUUAUUUCAAUAUGCCACAACAAAUAUUAAAGGAGCACCAUGCCAACGUUCAGAAAUGACACCUUACGUAUUAAACUCACAUUUACAAUAUUAUCACCAUGUUACUGAUAGUGUAGCACGAACCUUGGUUGAUCAAUCAAAGGAAAUUCAAAUGAAAAAUUUUAAUUCAUCUGACGACUAG